AAGAGAUUAUCAUGUGACUCCGUUUCACAACAGACAAAAUGGCGGCUGUACACAAUUAUCACAACAUUGGGUUUUGUAUUGCAUUUAUUUGCGCGAUUUAUCCAUUGCAUGCGAAAUAUAGCCCAACCUGGAAAAGUAUUGAUUCCCGACCGCUUCCCUCGUGGUAUGACGAAGCAAAACUGGGCAUUUUUGUCCACUGGGGUGUUUUCUCUGUCCCGAGUUAUUCGUCCGAAUGGUUCUGGCAAAACUGGAUUCAGCAGAGACUGCCGGGUCUAGAAGCGUUUAUGCAGGAGAAUUACAAGCCUGAUUUCACCUACCAGGAUUUUGCGAAGGAUUUUUCUGCUGAGUUUUUCAACGCUGACCAGUGGGCCAAUAUAUUCAAUUCUUCUGGCGCAAGAUACAUUGUGUUCACAAGUAAGCACCAUGAGGGCUACUCUAACUAUGCCUCCAAGUAUUCUUUUGGCUGGAAUUCAGUGGAUGUUGGCCCGAGUAGAGACAUCAUAGGUGAACUUGUUGCCUCAGUUCGAGCCAAUACACAAAUGCAUUUUGGUCUUUAUCAUUCACAAUAUGAAUGGUUCAACCCACUGUUCCUUCAAGACAAGGCAAAUAAUCUCAGCACAGAUAAUUUCGUUCAGUUCAAGACGUUACCAGAGUGGUAUGAGAUUGUGAACCAGUACAAGCCGGACAUCCUGUGGUCUGAUGGAGACUGGGAGGGCACAGACGAAUAUUGGAAGGCAAAGGAGUUCAUAGCCUGGCUUUACAAUGACAGCCCAGUGAAGGACACCGUGGUGAUUAACGACAGAUGGGGCUAUGGUAUAGGAUGUGUGCAUGGGGGCUUCUACACAUGUGGUGACAGAUACAACCCAGGUCACUUGAUUGAACACAAAUGGGAGAACGCCAUGACGAUAGACAAGUAUUCUUGGGGUUACCGUAGAAACGCAAGACUCUCUGAUUAUCUCACCAUGGACCAGCUGAUAGCCACUUUCGUGAAGACUGUCAGCUGUGGAGGAAACAUGUUGCUGAACGUUGGACCACGUCACGAUGGAAUCAUAGACCAGCUGAUGCAGGACCGACUGGCGCAGAUGGGAGACUGGUUGGCCGUCAAUGGGGAGGCCAUAUUCCAAACCAGGCCCUGGACAUACCAGAACGACUCUGUCAACGGGGAUGUGUGGUAUACAAACAGAACAACCACAGAGAGCACAACUGUGUACGCUAUCACACUGUCCUGGCCUAGAAACAACUCGGUGUAUCUUGGUUCCCCUUUUCCUUCCAAACAAACUACAGUUGUCUCCCUUUUGGGCUAUGAACACAAGCUGAACUGGGAACCAGCAGGCGACAAUGGCAUGAUUAUCUCCCUUCCUCAGUUGUCGCAGAGUGAGUACCCAUGCCAGUGGGCUUGGACUUUGAAACUGGAGGGGCUCAUUCAAAAGCAGCGCACGUGGCCAAUGAAAAUGCCCAAAUUUAAUAUUAAUAAGCCUGCCCAUCCGUAUUACUGGCCAACUGUCAUUUAUACUUAGAAUAUUGUACGUUAUAUAACAAGAGAAUAUGUUAUAACUUAUAAGAGUAGUCUUUGUUACAUUAACAUGUAGAAUUUUUUGAAACAAAUUUGUUAACCCGUAGCAGAUGACCAGGUUGGGUGCAAAAUAAUGUGCCUUAUUUAACUAUAUCUUUUAUUUUUCAGAAAAUAUUUUUAUGUCCCCCACCACUAUAGUUUUUGCCCUGUCUGUUGGUUUGUUUGUUUGCCCCAACUUUAACAUUUGCAAUAACUUUUGCAAUAUUGAAGAUAGCAACUUGAUAUUUGGCAUGCAUGUGUAUCUCAUGGAGCUGCACAUAUUGAGUAGGGCUGUCACGAUACGCCGUGAGCGUACCGCGGUAUAUCGUGGUACGGCAACACUGUAUCGCGGUACGUACCGCGAUAUUUUACAGAAUAUGUAUCUGUGAAGAAAACAGCAGAAUAACAAGUUUUACAAACUUUAUUAAACUCAAUAAUCAGAAAACACUGGUAUCAUAGUAUGACUAGAAACUGUAAAAGAAACUGUAAUAAACUUGAUAGAAGUAGUCAUUGUUAUUGUUCGCGUCUUUUUCUCAAAUGUCCGCCAUGUUGUUUACAAUAGCUGUGACUACGAUCUGUGUAAAUCGAACGCUUCAAGGGCAUGUUCAAAAUGCGGAGUCAGCGGGCCCAGUAUUGAAAAUCCGUAGCGUUCUGACUCUUCCUCGACUUUCAGAAUCUUAAGAUAACAUGAUUCGGAAGUGCCAUGCUUUGAACGAUCGAUAUACUAAAGAAAAAAAAAAAGAAAUAAAAUAAACAUCUUUUGGAUAAUUAUGAACUUAUUUGCAAAGGAAAUCUGUCCCUAAUUCCAAAAAAGGUAUGGACCCAUACAUCGCCGUAUUUUAAACGUGAAAGUUAAACAUCUACAAGUGGAAGCGCUUGCUUGACCUGGAUAUUAACGGAUUAUUUAUUUAGCCCUUUUGAACCGCUUCUACAAUUUUCAAAACGAUAUCUAUAUCAAAAUAAUUAUGUAAUGUAUUUAUAUAUGUGCUAAUAUAAUAAUAUUAAAAAAACCGGUGCGGCAACGCCGUACCGCGGUGCGAUUUUUUUCACGACAUGCACCGCGAUAUACCGGUAUACCGGUGAAUCGUGACAGCCCUAAUAUUGAGUGGUGAAAGGUCAAGGUCAUCCUUCAAGGUCAAAGGUCAAAUAUAUAGCUUCAAAGCGGCGCAAAAGGGGACAUAGUGUAGGUCAUCCUUCAACUUAAAGGUCAAAGGUCAAAUAUAUAGCUUCAAAGCGGCGCAAAAGGGGACAUUGUGUUUCUGACAAACACAUAUCUUGUUUCUUUUUUUUAUUCUUGGGAAGUGAUUGUAAUUGGUCUUAAAUGUUUUGAAUUGGAAUAUCUUCACAUUCUUAGUUCAUGUAUUUUGUUUUAGUUACAUGCAGACAUAAAACAGGUUUUCUAUGAUUUUGUUCCCGUAAAACUCUUUUUUGAAGAUACUGAAUUAUGUAUGACGGUAAUGUUUGUCUUUUAUUUGUAGUAAAUGCAAAACUCUGUAUGAAUAUACAAAUCUCCACACAAUAAACAAGCUUUCAUUAAGCUAUGCAUUGCAAAAAAUGUACAUAUAACUGACUCAGAAAAACACAUCUAUAUAAAUUGUUUUACUUUAUCUUAAUGAAAAUUAUUUGUUGAGCAGGAUAUUUUUAACUGUAUCCACGAACGGAAGCGCUGCUGUAUAUAUAUGCUAUAUUUUUUUUUAAACUUUUGCAGUAUAUUUUAUGGAAACAACUGUGAUAUUAUGAACUAAAAUCAAGAAUAUCAUGUACACUUUUGUCAAAACCUUUCUAUUUUAUUAGAAACAAAAUGUCUAUUUUAUGUUGUGUAUACUUUUUUCCUAUUUUAUUUAAUGUUGAGUAUACUUUUUUCCUUAUAUAUAACCCUUCAAUCAUUGCAUACUUUGUUAACAGUCUUGAGGCAAAAGAUCCAUAUACCUAUGCCAUAACUUCUAAAUGAAAUGUAGCUUUGAAAUUUAUCAUAUUUAGUCUUUUGGUAAAAAAGUGCAAUAUUAUUUUGAUUUUGUGCAAUAACUUCAUAACUUGUUUGUAUACAAGGAAUAGGGAUUUUUUGGGGAAAAAAGUUUAUUGAUACUGUAUAAUUAAAAUACUUUCAACAUUUCUAAGUAAGCAAGUUAUGUAGUUUUAUUAUAAACCAAAAUAUCAAAAUAUCACAAAAAAAUAUUAAUGCAUAAAAAAAAAAUGCAAAAAAAAGAAAUUGCCUGUCAAAAGCUUAAAUCUUUUGUUGUUUUUUUUAUAUUUGCACAUUGCACAUCUUUUCCAAAUGUGUGUUGUUUUAUUAUCACUGGUAUUAUUCUUGUGUUUCUUGUUUUCUCUAAGUCUUCUCCAAACUACUUUUUAACAUUCCAAUAUAACCUUUUGCUUUCUUGAUUAAAUAAUUAUGCAAUUA